UUUUUUCUUUAUUUCAUUUCAUUCAAUUUACUGUAAUUUCUUUCAUCUUAUUCAUCAAACUUUUUUUUUUUUCCUUUUUUAAUUAUUAAUUACAAAACAAAGUUACAAUCCUAUACCAUUUCAUUGUCGAGAACUCAUCAUCCUUAAUAAACAAUACUUUAAUAUAUAAAAAAAAUCUUUAUUCGAAUAUUACUUAGAACAUAAAUGUCAGGAAAUAAUAUCAAAGUCGUAUGUCGUUUUCGACCGCAAAACAAAUUAGAAAUAAAAGAGGGUGGUGUACCUAUUAUUGAGAUAUCGGAAGACGGAACAGGUAUCUCAGUCAAGGGAAAAGAUACCAAUUCAUUUUCAUUUGAUAAAGUAUUUGGCGCAAACACAAAGCAACAAGAAAUAUUUGAAUAUUCCAUUAAAUCUAUUGUUGAUGAUGUGGUGGCUGGCUAUAACGGUACCGUAUUCGCUUAUGGUCAAACUGGCUCGGGUAAAACAUUCACAAUGAUGGGGUCUAGUAUUGAUGACAUUGAAAACAAGGGUAUUAUUCCACGUAUUGUUGAACAGAUAUUCAAGAGUAUUCAAAUGGCGCCUACCAACAUGGAAUUUACUGUCAAAGUAGCCUAUAUGGAAAUUUACAUGGAAAGAGUAAAAGAUCUUUUAGUUCCAACAAAUGAUAAUUUGGCUAUUCAUGAGGAUAAAAUGAAAGGUGUCUAUGUAAAAGGAAUUAAAGAAGUAUAUGUAUCUGAUACAACUGAGGUGUAUGAUGUCAUGAGAAUUGGUGGUGAAAAUCGUGUAGUAGCAUAUACAAAUAUGAAUGCAGAAAGUUCAAGAAGUCAUUCUAUUGUCUUGGUUACUAUAACGCAGAAAAAUUUGGAUACUGGUGCUGCUAAAAGUGGCAAGCUCUAUUUAGUAGAUUUGGCUGGUUCAGAAAAAGUAGGAAAAACAGGCGCCUCAGGCCAAACUUUAGAAGAAGCAAAGAAGAUUAAUAAAUCACUUACAGCUUUGGGUAUGGUGAUUAAUUCCUUAACAGAUGGAAAGUCAAGCCACAUUCCUUAUAGAGAUUCAAAAUUAACUCGUAUUCUUCAGGAAUCAUUGGGUGGUAAUUCUCGUACAACUCUUAUUAUCAAUUGUUCCCCAUCCUCUUACAAUGAAGCAGAAACGAUCUCCACUUUAAGAUUUGGUGCACGAGCAAAGACGAUUAAGAAUAAGGCUAAGGUGAAUGCAGAUUUGUCUCCUGCAGAACUUAGGGCCCUACUCAAAAGAGUUAAAAGUGAUGCUGUCUCUUACAAAGCUUAUAUUGAUGCAUUAGAAAAAGAAAUUGGUCUAUGGAGAUUGGGCCAAAAAGUGCCAGAAUCAAAUUGGGCUUCAAAGGAUAUAGGCAAUAAAUCCUCAAGUAAUAAAGCUCCUCCUUAUAGUACUAACGUCCAUACUCCUCUUACACCACCGCCAACACCAUUUAAACUAUCCAUAGAUGAGGAUAGUAGACCAUCAACACCGGCUACAACGCUUAAUACAGAUGAAAAAGAAGAAUUUUUAAAGCGUGAGCAGGAAUUAUUAGAACAAAUAUCAGAAAAAAGAACUGAAUUAUCAAAUCGUGAGAAACAAGUUGAAAGUAUUCAACUCAUACUGAAAGAGAUAAAAGAAAAGGAAAGAUCUUUAAGUCAAGCUAAUAAGGCACUCUCUUUUGAAUUAAAUGAAACACAUUUACAGCUUGAAAAAGAUUCUUAUGAAAAGAAGGAAGGAGAGAUCAAUAUUGAUUCAUUGAAAGAAGCAAAUUUAGAAUACAAGGCAGAACUUGAAGAAUUGAAGGAGACUUUGGCAAGAUUGGAAGCUGCUGAAGAGAAAAAUAAACAAGAACUGGUAGUUGCAGACAUGAAGAUGGAGAAUGCAACUGAUAAAAAGGACAAUUUAGAAACUGCUUUAGAUAUUAAAGAAAUGACACCUAAAUCUAUUGCACAGUUACGACAUGAACUAGAAAUGACCAGGGGUUUAAUUAAACAGCAUAAAGAAACAAUUGAUAUUCUUCAAGAAGAAAAAGGCGCACUUGAGCAAAAACGUAGGAACCUUGAAAUCCGGUUCAAUACUUUGGAAAAUGAAUACGAAGAAUUGUUGGAUAAAUCGAUUGCUAUGGAAGAAAUGGAUGUGAGACAGUCAAUGAGUAUUGUAGAUUCAAUUGCUAAGCUCAAGACUAAAUUAGAAAAUCAAUUCCUUAUAAAGAGUCAAAUACAGCAAAAGGAGAUCGAAUCCCUUAAAGCAGACAUUGAAAAUAAGACUAAAGAAGAAAUGAAAAUACAAACAGUCCUUGCUGAAAUGACAGAAACGCAGCAAAAACUACAACAAAAGAUGGCUGCAAAUGAAUCUUCAGUCUUAUCUGAAGAAGCAAUAAAACAAAAGGAACUAGAGCUUGAAAAGAUGAAGAAAUCAAUGGCCCAAGAAUUAGCAGAAUUUGAAAAUAUGAAAAAGGUAUUGAUGCGUGAUCUCCAAAGUCGAUGUGAAAAGGUUGUUGAACUUGAGAUUACGUUGGACGAAACUCGUAUUCAACAAAAUAAUUUGUUGAAAGCAACCAAUAAUAAAGCUCAACAAAAGAAAAUGGCCCUAUUGGAAAGGAAUUUAGAUCAAUUAACGAAUGUACAGAACUUGUUGAGCAAAACUCACGACUAAAAAAAGAAGCUGCAUUAUCAGAUAGAAAACUGACUGCAAAGAAUGAAAUUAUACAAAACUUGGAUAAUUUGGUUAAGGAAGCGCAAAAUAGAUUAUUGAUUCAAAACGAAAAAUUUGAAUCACAGCUUCAAGCAGUUCGUGGCCGAUUAGAACAGGCACGUUCACAUAAAGCACAAGGCG